AUGAUUCAGUUGCCGAACCCGCCAACUGAUCUUGAGGUGCGCAGUGUCGGUGGCACAUUUGCAGUGUUACGCUGGCGACCGAGUACUUCGCAACGUAUCGACUCUUAUACUUUGUCAGUAGACGCCGCACCCGGCAACAAAACCAACUCAUUACGACGCCUUCAACUGGCAGACAUUCAGCCGAGGCCGGACAUUGAAAGAGCGGGUUUCGUCGUCUAUAACGUGACCGAUCUAGAGCCGUUUCGAGUAUACCGAGCCUGGGUACAUGCGGCGAGUAAGGUGAUCGGACUUUCAUUGCCCAGCGAUCCGUGUGAAUUCCGGACAGCCGAAAUAGGUGAGAAGUCCGGCUGCACAAGAAGAUCUUCUUGUCUGCUGGCCGGGGCGUGA